AUGGUUCAAAGAGACAGGCCAGCCGCCUAUCGUAAACAUUCAAAACGAUAUGACAUGAUCAAAGAGAAAAUGCUCGAAAACAACGCUCAAUCGAAUCAAUCUCAUACAAAUACAGCUGACUCAUGGUUGGCUUGAGCCAUCGAGAAAAGGGUCUUAACACGAAAAGAAGAAAGCUGAUUGGCUGAAGUAGAGUGCAGACAUGCCACAACCUUUAGCGUCCCAAGCUAGCCGUGAAUCGGCUAUGGUUGAAAAUCGAGGGUUUUUUUCGUAACUGUUUUUUAUUUUAUUAAAACCGAAAAAAAAAACUAGAUUGUUCAAUUGAAAAUCGAACGGAAUUGUUGGAGGUAGCCGAUUGCCAUCGAAUUUGCAUUUCAGCCCGUCGUUCCUACCUUGUUUCAAGAACACCAACUGUGUUUUAUUGACAUUUUCCCAGUAAUUUGAUUUGUGCUUGGGAAAGUACGAGAAGGUUAGGGCGCGAACUAAAGUUCCAGUUAAGAUCUUGAUUCUGAAUCUUGCUUUUUUCUUUUUUGGUUUGACGCCACGAACAGAACAGCGAAAACGAUUCAGAUCCAACGACAAAAAUAUGCUGUUUGUUUUGAAGAUUCUCGUAGAAAUGACUCAUUUCAAAUAUUUUCCUCUCAAUAAGUCUAAAUCAGUUCUUCUUGCAGGUAGAGCAAAUUUGGGGGUCACUUGGCGGGUACGAAUGGUUUGCCGCAACAAACGCUGGAGCUCUCCGCUCUCCAUUCUGAUAUUCUUCGUCCGCCUUCCUUUUGAUGGUCGUUUCACAGAAGGUUUUUUUUUACUUUUUUUGUCUUAUUCCCCCUUCACUUCAUCUGUUCAUGACAUUUUUCACAAGCAGCUGACUUCAAAAAUUUCCAUGAUCAUUUUGCUGUUAUCAUCAAAAAAUUCAAAUUCAUUUUAAAUUCAAAUUUAAAGGUUCUAUCGGAAAAAUGUCUUUGGUUUAUCAUAUUUACCUUCUAACCAUUGUGUAUAUUUUUCCGUCGUAAACUUUGUUUUGAAUUUGAAGAGUACUUUUUACAGAAGCUGGAUAACAAACCGUUUUUCGAAGGGUCAUUCGUUUUUUUCUAUAUCAAUCCUUGAUGUAGAGGGCAAAGUGAGAACAUUUGGUAAAUAUGAUUAAAUGAUAAUAGUUUGCAGGAUAAUACACAUCAAGAGAGCGCGAAGCUACCCGGCCUUCCAACUGAUGCAAACGUCAAGCCCGACCACUCUGCCGGCGACCAAAAGCAUCGAAGGGCCUGCACGAUGAAAGGCAGUGUUCCUCAGUAACAAAAUUUGAGCAUUAUUUUUGUUGAGGAUUCGACGAAACCAUUUUGUAGGGUGAGUUACAGCUAGGCUCUCAAUAGCAUGAGGGAAAUUCAAAUAUGGAUAUAAUGUUCGAUAAUGACGUGUCACAAGCUAUGAAAAACGCAACCCUUGCAAUUCAUAUGGACAAAAAGUUUUUUUCGAAUAGUUGAAAUAAAAGUUUUUAGUAUACACUAUCCUAGCACCCUUGGAUUUUCAAAUGAAUUUACUGUUUUCAGUUUGAAAAUACGAGCAGCUCAUCUUCCGUCCUUUCAUUUCGGACGCUGUGACUCUUUCGCCGCCACAUACAUUUCAGACUCCGUGAGCUGAACGAGUCAGUUCAUUUUUAUAUGUUCUCCUGAUAUUUUAAAACUUUUAGGCCGGAGACAGAGUUUCAGUCGGAUUUGAGCGGUUGAAAUGGGUGUGCCGAUAAAAUAUGAGAUGUUUAGCUCGAAGCGACUUUAGUGGGACGAUAGAGAAAAAAAGGUAAAUAACCAAAAAAAAAAUUUGAAAGUUAUCAACAGAACUUAUGACAAAAUUUAGAAAGUUUACUCUUCGAUUUUCUUAAAAUAUAUCAAUUUAAAAUCACGAUGAUUUCUAUUGGAAUGUUCUCAAUGUUUGAAGUCGCGUUUUUUGGAAAACAUUAAAUUAACUCUUUCAAAGUCAAACUUUCAAAAAAAUUUAAGGCUUGUUUUUGAGUCGUGAAAAAUCAAUGAAAGAGUCGCUCUGUUUAAAAAGAUCUGAUGUUGAAUAGUGAAUGGUAAAAUGACGUUAAAUAGUUUGGGAUAACUUUCAGAGGGAAGGAAGGUCCAAACAUGCCCUGCGAGAAGAACGGCAACCUCGAAGAUGGAUUGGAUGCCGCCUGACGAGCAUCUGCAAAGAAAACGUAAGUUUGUAGAAAGUUACGAGAAGAGUGUUAAUUUAAAAAACACUACUAUCAUGAUGACUUUACAUUUCAGAUCAACGAGAAAAUCGAGACGAAUCCCUCCGUCGCAGAAUCAGAUCUGACGCGAGCCGUUCUGCCUAUACGACUGGACACUGUUCGCCGGUCGACCAAGAAGGAGCGACGGCUGCCGCCUACCUGGCAGAGACUGAGUCGAUUUUUUCGAAGGAGCCCGAUCAAACUCCAAGAAGUGCCGAUGUUUGGGUAGAAAGGGCUCUCCUGGUGAGAUACAGUAUGCGAGAAGCUGAGUAA